AUGCCUGCUGAAGUACUGCUGCAGUACAGUCAAGGCAACGUGUUGAACGAGCCGAGCUACCCCAAUGCGUUGUAUAUUUUUGCCGUGCGAGCUGGCUACUACUCGGUCAGUGAUGGAAUUCAACUCGGUAAUCUCUACACUCAGUUUGGUGUGCCGGAAAUUCUCAGUGCAAACAUUCAAUCCGGCUACAAUCUGCAGACAACCAUGAGACGUUUAGUAUCGUCUAUUCUAAUGAGCCUUUUCGUAGUGCUAACUGUCGGUUUACCCCACAAAGAAACAAGAAAAAGCUUCGAUACCGGACUGCGCGAGUGCGCUCAAUAUUUUCUAAUAUCGGACAAGACCAUUUCGAGGUACUACAAGCAAGGAUUCCCGUGUAAACAAGAGGUCAAACUUCUAAUACGCUGCACCAUGCUCAAUUUAAAUGCCUACAACGAUGACUCGGGUCCGGUUGAACGUGUGCUGGGUAAAUUCUUCAGACCUUGCCCAACAGAUACGACGUACGUCGAACGGACUGAUCGUUGUGUAGAAAAAGCGCUUAGCAGAAACCCAAGUGAUAUUUACUCGCGAGCUUACGACAGUUUCAUGUGCUACUUCCACGAACGAGGAAAUUUAGUUGCUGCUGAUCAGUUCAUCCCAAAAACAGCUCUGGAAAUCACCAAUCUGUUGGAAUUCGACGUCAGUGCUCUGGGUCUGUCGGAUGAAAUUCUGCACCAGUAUUGUCAAGGCAACCUUUUGAAGGAGCCAAACUACCCCAAUGGGUUGUUCGUGUGGGCCGUCGGAGGGGGCUACUAUUCGGUGGUUGACGGAAUUCAGCUGGACAAGAUUUACGCCCAGUACGGAGUGCCGGCCAUCAUCUGCCCAGAAACGCGUCAAUGCGCAGCCGAGGUUGCCAAAACUUACUGCAGCUCCGGUCAUGUUACCAUCAUGUUCAACACCUUCAUGAACUGUAUUCAGUCGUUCCUGCCGCUGGAGGAUGUGGGUCAAGUGUUCGCCUCGCAACAACUAAGGUGUAAGCAAUUCAUUACUGAUAGUAGCUAA